AUGGCUUACAUGGGAAAACAGAACAGGGAGGCAGAGGUGCGAGGCUCCCCCGUGGCCUAUGAGCUCGCCUGCCAGCCUGAAAGUGCCGCUGGCUGCCUGGCCGGUCUGAAUGCCACUGUGUCCACGGAAGUAGAAUUUGGAGUAUGCACAGUUACAUGUGGGAUUGGCAUUCGAGAAGUUUUGUUAACCAGUGGAUGCCCUGGGACUGAAGCAAAAUGUAUUGUCCGUGUGGAGGAAUGCCGGGGGCCAGUAGACUGUGGAUGGGGAAUACCAAUUUCUGAGGGCCUUGCCUGCGUGAAGAUGCCUUGUAUUUAUAUACCUCCUGAAAAUCGAUUUAAAUAUGUUUGGAAGAUGUUAAUUCCAAACAAGACAGCACACAUUCUUCCCAAUGAUUCAGCUAUUAUGAAAGUUUGCAGAGAUACCCAUUCGGUUACUUUCCAGUGUGAAACUCAAGAAAACGGAAAUAUAAUUGCCUCUGUAAAAUACACAGUCUACGCAACAACUGAAACAGAAACAAAAAAAUCAAGGAGAAUAGAAACAGGGCAAUCAAGGAGAACAACAACAGAUGCUAUUCUGGUCUUUGUCCUGCUAACUGGAAUCAUUGUGACUGUUGGUGCCAUCUUUGCCAUGAUCCUUAUGAUUCUUCACUGGGCUGUUGUAAAAUCUAUUUGGGAAUCAAAAUCUGGGCAAGACAACCAAGACAAGAAGCUGGCCAACAAAAGUUCACUGCGUAACAUGGAAUAA